GCGGGAUGGUAAAUGAGCUCUUUAGCAGCUUGUUGAUAAAAAGCAGCGCUUGCGAUGUGGUCGGCUCUAGUUAGAACGUGGUAGCCUCGAUUAAUGUAGGAUGGUGCGUACCUAGCUUGUACGAUGCCCUUCUCGUUGGAGAGCUGUGAGGUUUACCCUGGUGCUGCUGUGUGGUAUCGACUCGAAUAGCUACUGAUGGGUGUGUGUAAUGUGGUGGAUACGGGUAGGAAUGUGACAGGGCUACCGUUAUUCUAAGCUGGGGACAUCUUCGCGACCGACGGCAUUGUCCGGACAAGGCUCGUGGCGCUGCUCUGAUCAGAUGAUGGAUGUUCGAGACAGGUGGUGUUGAUGUUUCGGCCAGGUGCUGGAGUGUCAUGUUGAUUGCAGGAGACAGAAUGCGCUUGCUUUGAUGGUGUAUCAAGACUCCUCUUAAAUGGGCGGAAGCAGGUUGAAGCGCCCAUGUUGUGCGGGCUGUAAAUCUGGACUGUUAGGUACGAGGCUAUCUACACAUGUGUACCUCUUUCCUAUUCCGGCGGUCCAGUGGGCCCGGGGUAAGGCUGAAACGGACCCCUGUUUCGGCUGGCGGCAUGUGCCGGCGAGCCGCGGCCGGCAAUCAAAUUUUUCUUAUCGCACCGCCUGCGGUCCCUAAAAACCACCUGUUGCUGUCACCAUCACCACAGCCCGCCGCCGCCGAGUCCGGAUCAUGACCACCGGGCCGACGUCAACAUGAGUACCAAUGCAGCCGACCCCGUCGUGGGAGUCGCCGAUUCCAAUAUGUCUUUUUUUCGAAAACACACCCCGUUCGGGUCCCUGUCUGGCGGCCGGCCACCGCUGAACAACAUCGCGAUCACGCCUUUCCUCCAGACCUUGUUCACCAUUCCCACCGUCGUCUCGCCUUCGCCCCAAACAGCUGGCCUGGUUCUUGAUGGCGACGACAAGACCGAUCCUACUUCCCCUGUCGAGACCUCCCCCGAAACUCCUGCUUCCUCUGUCCCGAGCGACACUGGCGCCGCCGACAAACAACCGUCUCCGACAGUCGCCGUGUUCACUCCGCUCUCCGCCUUGGUUCCCGACAACGCUUGGCUCGACGAGAGCCUGAAUGCCCCCGUUUCUCCCGACUCGAUUCUUGCUUUGCCGAAUACUUUGACUGGUGUUGGCGCGGCAGUGGUGGAAUUGCCCGCUCCUGUCGAGCCCUGCGAUGGUUUCCCCACUGCUACCGUGGCUGCCGUCGCUGCUGCGGCACCUGCUUCGCCUACUGUGAAACUGCUUUCUGUCGACCCGAAAUGGAUGGAUGAUGCUCUUGCAGCACCUGUAACACCUGCCGCUCUUCUUGCGCUUCCCCAAAGGACUCUGAUCUUGCAGGUCGAUGCCCUCGAAGAGUCCCCCGUCGCCCCCGUCGCUCCUGUCGAGAACCAAGAAGCCGUUGCCGCUACCGAGGAAAAGGAUGCCGAGUCUAACGCUCCUGUUGCUAUUCCCACUCCGGUCCCCGAACAGCCCACAGUCGUUCUUGAUCAACUCGCAGCCGAAUCCACCCUGGCCCCGGUCGUCCUGAUCGCCGACAAGACUUGGAUGGACGAAGCCUUCAAUUCGCCCGUUACACCUUGCGCUCUACUCGCUCUGCCCGAGAAGAACGUGUCUGCCGCCGACUCCUCAGUUCCACCGCCAACUCUGCCCGUGGAAGAGGUCCAGAUCGCCGUCCCUUUUUUGAAGGCCUUCAAUGCCCCGGUUACCCCCCUUGCGCUGCUGGCGUUGCCUGAGAAGAAUAGAAACUCCCGACCUUGUCCACGUCAACCCAGGCGACACAAACAGGCCCCGAGAGAAGCUCCGGACCUCGUCCACGUCCAAGGAGGCAAGCUGGAUGCGGGCAGCGCAAGGUCUUGACAUCCAGCCCUGUUUCCACGUCCAACCCUCUCGCUGAUUCACUCAAUCUGGAAGUGGACAAUGCUGUGGACGAUGAAUGGGAAGAUGGCAUUGCUGCCUGCAGCACCCCUUGUGAUCCGACAUACAACAAACUGUUGUGCGACGUCGUGCUCUUCGUGCCCAGGGACAUGAACUGGGAACGGGAGGAGGCCAAGGAGUGUGGAAAAUGGCUCUGGGAAACAAGAAGAUUGGUUCGUGCAGCGAAACAGUUGACUCUGGACUGCCAAAGGUUAAAAUAGAGACAGGGAUGGCAAGAUAUGAGUGAUGAUGAUAUACUUGGCAAUGAGCAAAGAAAUGGGCAUAUGACCUUGACGAACCAAGAAAAACAGUAUACGCAUGAGUCUGCAAUACUGUUUUAACUCGUUUAGCUUUCAGCGGUUUCGGCGUUUGGUACCUCGGUAUGGGUUGGCUUCUGUAGUUUUGUGGUUAUAUAUAGAAUCUUGGCACAAUCAAAGCUAUCUGUCGUCUGAUGUGGCUAGAAGUGAUACCGCCAUAUCAUGGUUAUAAUGUGCAUAUAUACUGAGACG